CAUUUCCUCCACCUCCGAUUCGAUUCUUGUACCCUCCUUUACCCGAUCCGCCCCAAACCCUAACCCUCUAAAACCCCUUCUCUCUGAUGGCCGCCGCCUCGCCGCCGCCCUCCCCUCCCCACACCAAGCGCCCCAAGAUGUCCUCCUCCGACCCGGAGGCCGAGCCCACCUCUCCUUCCGCCGCCGGUGCCGACCCCGGGCAGCCCCGCCGCCGUUACAAGCGCCGCAAGGUGGCCAUCCUCCUCGGCUACUGCGGCGCGGGUUACCAGGGCAUGCAGAAGAACCCGGGCGCGCGCACCAUCGAGGGCGACCUUGAGGAAGCGCUCUACCAGGCCGGCGCCGUGCCCGAGGACGACCGCGCCGCGCCCCGCCGUUACGACUGGGCGCGCGCCGCGCGGACAGACAAGGGCGUCAGCGCCGCGGCGCAGGUCGUCUCCGGGCGCUUCUACGUUGACCCGCCGGGCUUCACGGACCGCCUGAACGCCCAGCUCGCGCCCCAGAUCCGCUCCUACGGCUACGUGCGCGUCACCAACUCGUUCAACGCGAAGAAGUUCUGCGACCGCCGGAGGUACGUGUACCUGCUCCCCGUGUUCGCGCUUGACCCGAGCGCGCACCCGGACCGCGAGGCCGUCAUGGCGAGCAUGGGAAGUGGGUGCGAGCUUGCGAAGUGCGUGGAGUGCUCUGAGAGGGGUAGGAAGGUGCCUGGUGUCAUGGGCCGGGAAGGGAAGGUGCCCUGCCCCGGAGAGAAUGGUGUUGAUGCUCCCGUGGAGGGAAUUGUCGCUGGCCAUGGCGAAUCUGGAUCAAUUGGGGAUGUAAAAUGUGAACCUACAAGCUCAGUUGGUGGUAAUGCCAAUUGCCAUGGUGAAAUUGGAUCAAGUGGUAAUGAGAAGCUUGAUUUACCGACCUCUGGUAAUGGAACUGAAGCUGAAAAUGCUGAGCUGGGAUCGAACUGUGUAGGAAAACAUGAUAUUGUACCCUCAGGUUCAGCUGAUGCUUCAAUUGUCAAUGAGGAGGGGCAUAAACUUGAGGCUCCAAUUAUUGGAGAGGAUAAGGUGCAAGCUAUGGAUUUUGAGAAGAGCAAUGUUGAAGAGAUGUCCCCAAUGAAGAGUACCUCUUCUUACACUGAUGAAGUGAAGGAGAGAUUCAGCAGGAUUCUCAAGUAUUAUGUUGGAACCCACAAUUUCCACAAUUUCACCACAAGAACUAAGGCUGAGGAUCCUGCAGCCAAAAGGUUUAUCAUUUCCUUUGGUGCCGAUCGUGUUGUCAGCCUGGAUGGAAUUGAUUUUGUCAGGUGUGAAGUUAUUGGCCAGAGUUUCAUGCUCCAUCAGAUCCGAAAGAUGAUUGGCCUUGCUGUAGCUGUGAUGAGGAACUGUGCACCUGAAUCAAUCUACGAUGUCGCUUUUCGCAAGGAUGUCAACCUUAAUGUGCCUACUGCGCCUGAGGUUGGGCUGUACCUAGAUGAAUGCAUGUUCACCUCAUACAACAAGAAAUGGAAGGAUUCACAUGAGGCUGUUUCCAUGGAACCUUAUUUUGAGGAGGCUGAAGAGUUCAAGAUCAAGUAUAUUUUCACUCAUAUUGCAGCGAUGGAACACAAGGAAGGAGCUGUAGCUCUGUGGUUGCACUCAUUGAACCACAGAAAUUAUCCAGAUUUCCGCUACAUGGAAACUGCUGGUACUGAGGACAGGGUUGGGGGUGAAGCUGAGGGUAUUGAAGAAGUACAAAUGCCAAGCGAUAAUGUCAGUGUGUAAUCAAUUUUGCCAAGGAGCCAGAGCGUGCAAAACUGAUGAGGUCGUUUGUUGUAUGCACCGAAUGAGGGGCUUGAGACAUUGCUUUUGGAAUAAAAUGGAGAGUGGAGGCUGUAUCUAUUCUCCAAUGUAACAUGGAUAUUAAAAGGCUAAGGUGCAUGGCUAUACAUCACAGUGCUUUUUUUGGCAGUAAAUCAUGAUCCCUAGGUUAUUCUUCCCUGAUAAGGAUCUAUAGAUUGAUUAACCUUAUAUCUGUACUUCGUUAGUUGCUUCCAUAUGGUUGUAUAAUAAAUUGUGGCACCUGAAAGCUUCUGCAAUAUUUUGUUUGCUGAAAUUAUUAUGAGAUUCGUUAGGUUUAUCUGA